UCAUUUCACCUGGCGAGUGCUGACAAAUUGCUUAGUGCUUUUACAACUAUCGACAGCAUGCCUUGCCUUGCCAGGUAAUACAUUUUAUACUUCAUAAUUUGUAUAAACGUCUACCAAAAAACAUAUGCUUAUCGGCAAAAAAAAAUAUUAAUUUUAAAAUUUUAAGUGCUUAUUGUGAACUUGAUUCAUAAGAAAUUUGUGAGAAAAAUGAGCUUUAACGAUAUUCAGGACCCUGAGGGUGAGGGUGAUAAGUAUGUUGAUAAGGAAGAACCAUCGUGGGUUGCGUGGUGCGAGAAGAAUUCCAAGCCCGUCAAAAGAGUUCGACCCAAAGUGGAGCGUGAACUGACACCCUGGCAGAAACCAGGGCCCAUGAAGAAGAAAGACUGGAAGCAUUUCUUUGAUUGGGCCCUUGAGAAAGCCAUGCCACGAGAACCGCAUUUGGUGCAAAUUCCCGUGCCCUGCAAAGAGAAGAUCUUGCCCUGUGCACGCAAAAAACGCGAAAUGGAAAUGGAAGAAUUGCUGGAGAAGAUGGAGCAGCUAUCGCAGCCACUACCAAGAAAAAUAACGCCAAAACGCGAGUACUAUCGUCAAGAGUAUCCAUAUUCUCCGGUUAUUGUAUGGGGAAAGCCUCCUCACCGCGACAAGGGACGUCCCUUUUCGGGUCCCUUUAUGCCCUGCUGUUUUGUGAACAAGGAUAUCGAGGACGAUUACUGGGCAGCUCUGCGAUUUCCAGUGCGUCCAGCGGCGCUAAAGGCACGUCCAACAGCCCGCAUCCUGAGCUUAGCCAGACCUCACACAAUGCCACCAAAUCCACCGCAUUGUCCCAUCCCAGAGAAACCCAUCGAACCACUGGACGAAGCGCCACCAAAGCGAAAGAAGUUCACACCACGUGGCUGGCGAUUGCAUCAAAUACGUUUGAUUUACUUAUCAAAGCCAGUAGCGAGGCCGGAGUUUGAGUAUUUCUAUAUGUAAAUCAAUGAAGCAACCUUUUGGCAACGUUAAAUUCCUUGUACUAAGACUUUGUAAUAAAAACAUGGCAAAUACCAGCUUCCAAAAAAAA